AGCGGACACCACUGGGCCUGGCGCACGGGAUUGAAAGUCUGAGUGCAUGUGGUGUCCCUUAAAGAGAAGCGCCGAUCAGACGGCACAGACUUUUCUCCAUUGAAGAAUCAGCGAGAUGAAGAACAGCGCCAAACCGGCACCAUGCGCUCCAGGCUCCCAAGGACCGCCUGCCUACUGCGAAUCAUUGCACUCUGCAUCCUUCUCUCGCACACUGCAGCUUAUUUUGGGCUGACAGGUCGGGAACCUUUGGUGUUUUUACCAGGACCGUUUUCCAAUGAAGCUCCAACAGGAAAGGCCCACCUGAAGCAGUGCGAGCAAAUGACUCUGACCAGGCGGCAGAAGAGACUCUGUCGCAGGGAGCCUGGUUUGGCCGAGACGCUCCGGGAGUCGGUGCGUCUCAGCCUGCUGGAGUGUCGGUAUCAGUUCAGGAACGAGCGCUGGAACUGCAGUCUGGAUGGCAGGGGAAGCCUCCUGAAAAGAGCAUUCAAGGAGACUGCCUUCCUGCUGGCGGUGUCCUCUGCAGCACUGACCCAUGCACUCGCCAAAGCGUGCAGUUCAGGCCGGAUGGAGAGGUGCACGUGUGACGACUCCCCCGGCAUCCAGCACCGAGAGGCCUGGCAGUGGGGGAUCUGUGGCGACAACCUGAAAUACAGCACCAAGUUUCUCAAGAAGUUCCUCGGCCAGAAGAGGGUCAGCAAGGACCUGAGGGCUCAGGUCGAUGCCCACAACAUCAACGUUGGAAUUCGGGCAGUGAAGAGCGGACUGAAAACAACCUGCAAGUGUCACGGCGUCUCCGGCUCUUGUGCCGUACGGACUUGCUGGAAGCAGCUGUCGCCCUUUCACGACACCGGACGGCUGCUGAAGUAUCGAUACGACACCUCUGUCCGAGUGCUGAGUGUCACCAACACGGCCACCGGGGAGACCGAGCUCGCGGGCCCCCGUCGCCACGGCCAGAGCCUCCGCACUACUGACCUGGUCUACCUGGAAGACUCCCCCAGCUUCUGCAGGCCCUCCCGCUACUCCCCCGGUACAGGCGGCCGGUCGUGCGCCAAAGACACGAGCUGUCAGAGUUUGUGCUGCGGACGUGGUUAUAACACGGCCAUGCGCCUCACCAGCCUGUCCUGCCACUGCCAGGUACGCUGGUGCUGCCACGUGGAGUGUCAGACCUGUGUGAGAGAGGAGGAGGUGUACACCUGCAAAAACGCAUGAACAAAUGAUGAGAUAGAAACUAUAAAGGCAGGGUGCAAAGACUUGAGAAGGAUGCUCAUCAUUGAACUUGGAUGUAGAGACAAUACACUGAGGGAUCUCCACUCUGACUUGCAUGUUAUUUUGGGAGGAAAUAUACAAAUGUAACACUAUAAUAUCGCUAAUCAUCACUGAUUUGACAUGCAACAGCUUACUCGUAGGUGAGGAAGUUUUCCAACUAGCCUGCUUUUCUCUCGCUGGAUGCACUGAAAUCCCGCUCUUCUGGGAAGGAGGGAAACAAGCUCUUAAAACAGGUACUGGACUGGACUGGAGGCCACCAGCAGUACAAGCCCCGUCUGCAGGGGAGCUCUGACAAUGACUGCUGUGUUGCAGUCGUCCCCCUCUCCAUUUGACUAUUUAUUGUUCCAGUCUUUGUGUCUGUUGUACUGCUGCUUUAUACUUUAAUUCUUUUAAUCAAGUGUUGCCAAUAAGGCUAAAGUGGCCUUAAAAGGAAUCUACCUGUCUGUCUUUCUGUCUGCUGUGUUGUAUUUUCUGCUGUGGAGAAGUUCUUUUAACGAGUAAAAAGCACUUAAGUUGCUCUUGCUACAUAUUACUCAAAUAAAUCCUAGUUAAUGUUUAGGUGUAGAUAUAGAUAGAAUCACUGGAACCUGUGUUGAUGCCGCUGAUAUACAUUGCAACUCCAUGCAUUAACAGGGUCAUUGUGCAAAGACAGAAGCUGGGUUUCAGUUGCUCUUAUGGAAAUGUCUAUGGAAAUCUCUACAUGUCGACUAAUGUGUGCACGGCAGAACAAAGGGAAAUGCCCGAGGUAAUAGUGAGGGAAACACCAAACACUGUCUUUGAAAAUCACUUAAAAAAAGAAUGGAAAAAAAACAAACAAACAAGUUGUCACCAUACCAGCCUUGCUCUACUAUUUCUGCUAUUUAUAGAACUUGCUUUACUUUCAAGUUUAAAAUUGCCUGAAUUUGAACCAUUUGGUCUUCAAAGUCUCAUUUAGUCUUUGUUCUAAAUGCCUUUGAAGAAGCCCAAUCAUGCUCCUUAAUUCCCCAAAUUGCCAAUCAAAGAAAAUCACCAUGUUUACCCCCUCUUGAUACUUAAAUCUACUCUUUGUGUCCAUAUGUGCAGGUCAAAAGUGCACGUCAGACCCCAAAGGUUCAUUUUUAUUGGCCAGUUAAUGGUUCGACUGAGGGAUUAUGAAACUGUAUAUAUGAUAUGAAUAUAACUCAUGUCAGGGCUCCAGGCAUCUGACAAUGUGGAAUCGUUACUUUCUACCUCACUUCAUCUUUUGGCAAAUAUCAGUAAGAUUUAUGAGCUAUGAGUUAUUCUCUCUGUAGAUACAUGUCUUUCCCUCUCCAUUAAAUAUAUUUUAGAUGUU